AUGGCUGAUGAGCUAGAGCGGCGGGUCCUGGGCCAGAGCUCUCGGCGCCUGGUGAGCGUCUUGAGCGCUCUUUUCCUGGUGAUUACCGGGGUCUACUACCUGCUGCAGCGAGGGCGGGGCCUGCCGCCGGCGCUGCUCAACAACAAGGUGUUGUUGUUCGCCCUUUGGUAUAUCAACGUCAUCUUGAUCCUGGCGAUUCUCUAUGUGCUGGUGCGGAGCCUAUUCCGCUUGCUGCUGGAGCGCCGUCACCGCAUCCUGGGCUCGAAGUUCAAAACCAAGCUGGUGCUAUCGGCGAUCGCGCUGUCGCUGGUGCCGGUGCUGAUUUUGUUUCCCUUUGCCACCCGCUUGGUGGUGGACUCGUUCGAGCUCUGGCUCAGCCUGCCGAUCGAGCAAGUGGUCAGCGAGGGCGACCAAGUGGCGCUGGCGCUGACCGGCGAGCUCGAGUGGCGGGGCUUGCGCGAUGCCGGCCGGGUGCUGCGCGAGAUUGGCGAGAUCGAUCUACGUGACCUUUCUCAGCAAGCCGAGUUGCAGCGUCGCUUGCGGGCUCUGCGCGGAGAGCUCGGGUUGCACUACCUGCUGGUCUACGACGGCACCGAGUUCGUCCAGGGCACCGCCGAUCCUGAAAAGGGCAUUGGACGGUUGCCCGACGUGCGGCGUUUCAAUCGCUUUCUGACCGAAACGAUCGAGCAAGGUGAGCGCAGUCGGGUGGUUCGGGAGCUCGGUAUCGAUGGCCAUCUGGUGCUGUCGGCACAAGCGGACCAGCGCUCGCCGGCCGACGCCGAGGCUGGAAAAGAAGGCCGAGGAGAAGAGGCCGUUGCAGGCGAUGCGGCUGAAGACGAAGCCGCUGUCGAGGACGACUCCCAAGAGCCCUCGUCGACGGUAGUGGUGGUAGGUACUUUGUUGGGCUCCGAGCUGGCCGGCAAGAGCGAGCGGCUGCGGGCGGCUCACCAGGCCUACCAACGGCUGGCGAUCGAGAAAGAAGCCAUCCGCGGUGCCUACCUGUCGAUCCUGCUGAUGGUCACCCUGCUGGUAAUCCUGGCCUUUUCGGCCAUUGGCCUACGCCUUGCAAGGCGGGUCACCGAGCCGAUUCAGCUGCUCGCCGACGCCACACGUCGGAUCUCGAGCGGCGACCUGGACCACCGCAUCGAGGUCGCGGUGGACGACGAGCUGCGGGUGCUGGUCGACGACUUCAACCACAUGGCCAGCGAGUUGGAGCGCAAUCGGCAGCUGGUAGAUCGGGCCAAUCACCGUCUGUUGGCGGCCAACGAGCGGCUGGCGGCGGUGCUCGGUAACGUCACCGCGGGGGUGAUCUCGCUCGACGCCGAAGGCCGUAUCUCGACCUGCAACGGCGCUGCCCUGGGGAUCCUCAAGCAGCGCGAGGACGAGGUCAUCGGCCAGCCGGCGGAGCUUGCCUGGGCCGAUCCGGAGCGCACCAAGCUAGCUGCUCUGGUGGCCCGCGAGCUCGAUGGCGCCACCUUGGGCGACGAGCUGCAUCUGACCAUUGGCGGCGUGUGGAAGACCCUCGAUGUCAAGGUCAAGGAGCUGCCCGGCGGUGCCCAGACCGGCGGGCGGGUGGUGGUACUGGAGGAUCUCACCGAGCUUAUCCGAGCGCAGAAGAUGGCCACCUGGACCGAGGUCGCCCGGCGCAUCGCCCAUGAGAUCAAGAACCCGUUGACGCCGAUCAAGCUCACCGCCGAGCGUUUGCUGCGCAAGCAUCGUUCGGCCGCGGACGACUUCCCGCAAGCACUCGAAACCGGCGUCGAGGUGAUCGCCCGCGAGGUGGCGAGCAUGAAGGGCAUGGUGGACGAGUUUUCGAGCUAUGCCCGCAUGCCCCGGCCGCAGCCGCGGAAGAUUGAUCUGGGAGAGCUUUUCGACGACAUCCUGCGGCUCUAUAGGGGCCUCAAGCGGGGAGUCGCGGUCGAGUCGACUAUCGGUGCCGGGGCCGACACGGUGCUGUUCGACCACGAGCAGCUACGCGGUGUCUUGAUCAACUUGCUGGACAAUGCCCUCGAAGCCACCGAAGCGCCCGGCAAAGUGACCCUGAGCUCGGUGCUGGGUGACUAUGCCUUGGACAAGGCGGUGUUGGAAAUCGCGGUGGCCGACACCGGUCGCGGCAUCCCGCGGCAAGACACCGACAAGGUCUUCCAGCCUUACUAUUCGACCAAGGGCCGCGGCACCGGCCUGGGGCUGGCCAUCGUCCAUCGGGUGGUCGAAGAGCACCAGGCCACUAUCCGGGUCGAAGACAACCGACCACGCGGCACUGUCUUCGUGCUCGAAGUUCCGAUGCAGUGA